GUGAGUCGGAACAAUGGCGACUUGAGUCAGUUGAACUUCAUAAGGCUUGAGAUGUGUGUGGCGAGUAGUAUUCCUCUGUGUCUUGAUCAGUGACGAAGUUCGGCAGUCAAGUGAAAGGACCCAGAUUUCCUUCAAUCCUCGAGUUUCGUUUACUACGAUGAUCGAUGGUCAAGUGGUUUCACAACCAAAUGUUUUCCUCAGGUUUUGUUGGAGUUGAGUACUGGAAGGCGAGCUUGGGAUGACAGAAGACUUCUCCGAGACUGGGUUGAACAGCGAAUCGGAGAACAACGAGUCGUUCCUCCAGACGUGCUUGACAAAACUGUUCGCCCUGAAGGCAGGGAUCGAUUGUUCAAACUUCUGAAGCUUGGUUUGCAAUGUGCUUCGCGGAAGAAAGUUGACAGACCAUCUAUGGUAGCUGUCUACGAAGAGCUUCGUGAUUUCAGUGCAAUGCAAGAUCGAAGAACUAGGCAAAUUUCCUUGCCUGGUUCGUCUGAGCUGGAUCGAAGAGGCCUUGUCAGUCCGCAUGAUCAGCAAUUUUUUGCGGAGUUGCAUAGACUCUCUGUUGUUCGGAGCCCGCAUCCAGUCAAUUGGGGUCUUUCGCCAGCUGGAUCACUUGGAGGAAUGCCAACUGGCGGUUCAGCCAGUCCGUAUGUCUUAUCAACCGCGUCAAUCAACUCUCCAGUUAAUGCGUUUGUUGGACGACCGAAUUUGAUAUCUUCUCCGACUAGAAGCUCCACGGAUCCGCGAUUGCUCUCUCGACCUGGUGUCCCAAGUGGUUUUGUUGGUUCCGGUUUGGCGAGACCCAUUCCGCGUUACCAAGGUGCCUUCGGCCUUCCAAACUUUCAAGCGCCUGGAUUAACUCCUGGUGCGAGCCCCGUCAGCUGGCUGCAUUCUCCAAAUGCAAAUGCCACCGCUUCCACGACUCUGUCAACGCAAUCCGGCGUUGCCGCUGAACUGCAAAAACCUCUAAUUCCCACGGUCGUUCCUGAAAUUCUUUCGAUGCCGGUUCCGGAAGUUAAACCGAGCCCGGAAGUAUCGCCAGUGAUUCCGGAUUUCAGUGCCUUGAACAUCGGUGGAGCAGCCGCAACUCCUGCCGCUCCGAAAGAAGAGGCAGCGUGUCCGGUAUUUUCCGUUGUUCACAAGCUGAAUCUGACCAUGAACUGACCGCACCAUCGAAUAUGCUCUGCUAAAGCUUGUCAACCUGUUUUCUGAAUUUUUAGCUACGGUAUUCCAUGGGUGUGUCGGCUUUGAAUUACUUAUCAAGAAACAUUUGUUUGUAUGACUUGAAUGGUGCCCGAGUGGCCCGUAGAUGAGAGUCGCCUGCUUAAUACCAUUAAUUUUCUCGCUCUUCAGGAAAACAAUUUUGUAUCUAAG